AUGUCCAAGGAACCACAUCAUGCCAUGCCGAACCGCGAAUCCUUCACCACCAAAGACAUCAUCCACGACAUAUGGACGGCCACUGGUCUGCCCCCAGAGGCACUCACAGCCCUCGACCUCCCAGGCGCAGACGCCAGCCCAGCCCUCCCAUCAUCUUUCAAAAUCGGCCCUCUGGCACAAGCAUCAAUUGCCCUGUCCGCCCUCGCCGCGCGCCUCCUCCGCUCCACCAGGGUCGACGACAGCGCCCUGCCCACAGUCCGCGUGCCCGCCGCCCACGCGGCCAUCGAGUUCAAAUCCAACAGCCUAUACACGCUCCGCAGAAACGAGACCCCCCUCCCGCCGUACACGCACAACCCCAUCGGCGGGCUGCACAAGACGUCGGACGGGCACGUACGCAUCCACGACGUCUUCCCACAUCACGUCCAAGGAACGCUGAAGCUGCUCGGGCUGCCAGCGGACGCGGCCAGGCACCACGUCGCAGGUAAAGUCGCGCGGUGGCGCAAGACGGACCUGGAAGAAGAGGGCACGGAAAGAGGCAAGGUGGCCAUCUAUGCGCUGCGGUCGUACGAGGAGUGGGAUGCGCUCCCGCAGUCCGGGGCCGUGGACGCUCGUCCGGUUCUGCUCGAGCCCAUUGGGGGCGGCAGCUCGACGCCAAAGCCCAUGGCUCCCCUUGCCGAGGGAGGCAAGAGGUGUCUUUCCGGGCUGAGGGUCGUCGAGCUCACGCGCGUCAUUGCCGGUCCCGUGUCUGGCAAAACUCUUGCCGCUCAUGGUGCGGACGUGCUGUGGGUGACGGCGCCGGGUCUGCCGGCCUUGCCGAUGUUGGAUAUCGAUCUGAGCAGGGGGAAGCGCAACAUUCAGCUCGACAUUCACAGAGCGCAGGAUAAGGAGCGGUUGAUGGACCUGCUCAGGAAUUGCGACGUCUUUAUUCAGGGGUACAGACCCCAGAGUCUGGCCUCGCGCGGGCUGUCGCCAGAGGAACUUGUCAAGAUCAACCCGAAUAUUGUUUGUGCCAACAUGUCGGCAUUUGGCCCUACUGGUCCGUGGUCUCACCGUAGAGGCUUUGACAGUCUUGUCCAGGCUGCCUCGGGGAUGAAUAUCUCUGAAGCCGACAAGGCUGGCCAGGGAGAAGCAUCCAGGGUUCUUCCGUGCCAGGCUCUGGAUCACGCAAGUGGGUAUCUGCUCGCUACGGGCAUCAUGGCUGCCGUUUACCGUCGGGCUGCACUCGGUGGUGCGUGGCAGGUUGAUGUGUCAUUGGCCGGGACGAUGAAAUAUCUACGCAGCCUGGGUCAAUAUCCCGGUGCAACUGGAUUUGCCGUUGGCGACUAUUUAAAAGGCGAGAGUAUUCCCGCGGAGACACUGGUGACGACGGAGACAGCAUGGGGUACCUUGACAGCCGUGCGGCAUAGUGCCGAAAUUGAGGGCUGCGAAGUGAGCUGGGACUUGAUGCCCUGUCCACCCGAAAACAAUAACGCAGUCUGGAACUCAUAA